GUUAGCAUGGGAUGUGCUGAUACUGUUUGUUUUUAACGGUGAAGACGUGUAACAUUGUGGUGUGGAACUUCCAGUUUGAGGAAUGUUUAUUUAGGGAAAAGGCUCAGGUGUUGCUGGUGUUUUGACGAGUUGCAGGUGGAGAACUUCAACUCAGAGGAGCCAUGGCUAUCUUGUUUGCAGUAGUUGCAAGAGGCACUACCAUCCUUGCAAAGAAUGCCUGGUGUGGAGGGAAUUUUUUGGAAGUGACUGAACAGAUACUAUCAAAAAUACCAUCAGAAAAUAAUAAACUGACUUAUUCCCAUGGAAAUUACUUAUUCCAUUAUAUUUGCCAAGAGAGGAUAAUAUACUUGUGUAUCACAGAUGAUGAUUUUGAGCGAUCAAGAGCAUUUACUUUUCUAAAUGAAAUAAAGAAAAGAUUUCAAACUACAUAUGGAUCAAGGGCACAAACAGCCUUGCCUUAUGCAAUGAACAGCGAAUUCUCCAGUGUGUUAGCUGCACAAAUGAAACAUUUGUCAGAAAACAAGAAAUCUGAUCGUGUUUUGGAGACUCAAGCGCAGGUUGAUGAGUUGAAAGGAAUCAUGGUCAGAAAUAUUGAUUUGGUAGCACAAAGAGGAGAAAAAUUGGAGUUGUUAAUUGACAAAACUGAAAAUUUAGUGGAUUCUUCGGUCACAUUUAAAACCACCAGUAGGAACCUGGCCAGAGCGAUGUGUAUGAAAAACCUCAAGUUGACAAUAAUUAUCGCCAUCGUAGCAAUUGUAGUCGUUUACAUCAUUGUAUCAGCAGCAUGUGGUGGUCUCUCAUGGCCAACUUGCAUCAAGAAAUGAGUUGAGUGGUUGGUCUAUUCGCUGGAAGGAAAAAUGGAGCAAUCUAGUUUUAACCACUGGUAUGCAGAUUUCAUUGGAGAUCUACAUGAAAUUCAUCUUCUUUCUCCAAAUACCAUGCAUUGAAAGGCUGUAGUUUCUGCUUGCCUUAUAUUUGACAUUUUUAUACUUUUCAUAUUAACUGAAGGAGUUACUGCAUUACAAUUGAAAUAAUUCAUUUUAUUGUGUUCAGUUGAGAAAUAAAUGUUCUAAUUUUUAAAAAUUAAUAUAGUGCAUUACUUUGACAUGAAUCAACCUGUUGAGCACUUUCUAAAAUUGUGUGCAGGAGAUGUUUAGAGAAGCAUGAGGUCAAUUGUGAUUUGCCUUUCUUUUCUCUUUUGGUGCCCCCCUCCUUUUCCCCAGUAAAAUGAGAAUAACUUGUCUGAGCAGAAACAAAUAAUACCAGUGCUUCCUCUGAAUCAUCCAGGGGAGCUGACCAUCUGUGUUCUCAAUACAAAUUGGGGAACCGUAAUGCUAAAUAGCUCCAUUCCGCAACAUUUUGGAAAGUGUUUGAGGUGUUGCAUAACUCCAGAAUUGAGGGAUGGUAUUAACCAAAAAGACAUUUGAAUGGAUGCUGUAGUAAUGGGAAUCCUUACUGGACCAAUGUAAAAAUGUAAAUAUGUUUCUUAUGCCAGUCAUGUGGCCAGUAUUAUGUACAGUACAUCCCAACAAAUCUACUAUAGCAAUGUGGUACACACCUGUCAUGGGUUACUUAAAUGAUUACUAUAACGCUGCUGUAUGUAGAGCUUUUGUUAGCCAAAUCUGUAAAGUUUUUUUUUAUGGUUCACAUUUGUAUUUGUGCAGCUUUGAUCCCUUUGCAGGCAAAAUAAGAGUUUCAGUUUGAAGUUUUAUUGUUUUAUAAAACUGAACAGGAUUUUUCAAAAACAGCCUCCACUGUGGUUUCUGGACCCAAGGCAGCAACCUUUUUAAAAUCUUUAAACCAUAUGUUCCUAUAAUUUUGGAAUUGUAUCCUUUGGUGGCUGGAGAUUAUGCAGGGACUCAUGGCUUUUUUAAAAAAAGUGGUGGCUCUGUCUUUUCAUGUCAUCUGAUUUGGAUUUGCAUUAUUUCAAGAGAAGCACAUCACCUCCAUGGUUCUGAUGUGAACUACUGGAUGAUUGUGGAUAAGAAUGAUGAUCAGAUAUGUGGGAUAUGGAUUUUUGUGAAGCUCAGUCCAUGAGAUGGAACUUGUAUAGUUCCUAUCUAGAAUAACUCAACCCAGUUCAGUUCCCUGUGCUUACAUUAACACUGCAUUCUUAAUCCUUAUAAGAAUCCAAAAAAUCACUUUUUACAUUUGUUUUGGUUUGCCUUGCCAAAUACUUGGGUAAAAUGCUGUGCAGAAUGGUUCCUAUUGAUAAGUUGGUCCAUGUCACGCAAGAGAAAUGCAGCAUUUGUACUGUUUCUAUCACUAUUAGAUUAACAAGAUGGGAGGGUUGCAUCAAAGUAUCAAUAAAUAUUAACUCCUACAGCUGUUGUUAAAUAUAAAUCUUAGCCUACUUGCAACUGGAUUCUCACAUUUGGAGCCAAAGCAACACUUUCCUCACCUGUUAUGUAUGUAUUUUAGUUUUGUUUUAAUGGCAUAUCUAUUACUGAACCCCCACCUCUAAAGAAUCUGCUCAAUGGGCUGUCAUUUAAUACUGCAACUUAUUUGUGCAAUUACAUCUUUGCCUUUUAACAAGCACAAAUUUACAGGAGGGCUUUGUUUGAGUUAACAUGUAAUCUCUGGUGCAAAUCUUUAAGAUUAAGUAUUAUCUAUUUUAAUCAAGAUUUAUGCUUGGGUUCCUUGGUACUCUUUAUGCAUAUCUGGUAUCUUCAGUAGUUGUGUAGAUUGAAACAAAUCUAGAUGUCACUAAUUUAAGUCGUAGUUACAUCUCAACUCAUCUACUGAAAUCCUUCACUGUUCAUAAGUUUUGCUAGUAGAAGAUUCAUGUGAAAUAAUGGCCUCUGAAUAAAUUACACCUGUCCCCCACACUAACCUCAGGAUAAGCAUUCAGAUCACUGUUCAAGUUUUAAAACUGUGUGGAAAUAUAUUAAUAUCAAUCUUGCUCUUGUUAAAAUAUUAAUCAUUUGUAAUAAACUUUGGCUGUAUAAGAAGCUUUUGCUCUUGUACUUUGCAUUAUUGAAUGGUAGAAAUAAAUUGUUUAAACAUGA